CUAAUCACUGUUGGUUACAUUUGAUGGUGCCUGAAUUUUCAAGGAGUCUACAUAAUCUUCUCCAGAAAUUUUCAGAUAUUUCGGAUAUGUCUGAUGUUUUAAGCAACUAUUCAAUCAUCAAUAAUCUCACAAGGAUAAUUAAUGAUCUUAUGGCAUGCUUAGCUUUUGAUAAAAAUAAGGAUUUUGUAAAAGAAAAUGGUCACCUUUAUGAAGAAGGUCGCUUCAUUCCUGAGGACUUUUUUAGGCACUUUAAUAGUACCAUAGAGGUCUACAAGGAGUUUGCAGACAUGUUGGAUAAGAAUGACUGCAUUCUGCCUUCAACAGUAGAAACACCAGAGAAUGAUUCCAGAGUCGCUGUCACAAAAACAUUUUUGUUUCCUCCUGUUGCUGCCAGCUCCCUUAGGAAUGACAGCAUUGGCAGUAACACUAGCAGUAACAGUAACAAAGAGGCACUUGGCUUCAUUAGCAGCUCCAGCCUGCAAGGGAUCAGCAUAGCACUGACAUCAUUGCUGUCUCUUCUUAUUGGCUUUAUUUUGGGAGCUGUAUACUGGCAGAAAGCACAUCCCAAAUCCAGACCAGAAAUUGAUGAAACUACACAGUGUCAUGACUGUCAAGAGGAAAAUGAGAUAAGUAUGUUGCAGCAAAAAGAAAAGGAACAUCUACAAGUGUAGCGAUUGCUUUUUCUCCCUCAACACUGUUACUGUUUCAUGUACUGGCAGGUAACAGUUCCAUGUUCGCUUCAUAAAUGAAGCAGCUUUAAGCACAUUGGUAUUCCUUCUGGAGUGACAGACUGAGUCUGCAUCUGUUGUUGCUGCCCAAGACUCCAUAGACAUGAUAUAGAAAUGAGGACAAUUUGUGUUUGUUACUGUGAAACCAACACUGAAUUGAACAACAAGAAGAGUGUGCACUUAGCAGGACUGUAUCUUAUGUGAAUAUCUACCUUGUGUGGCAUUUGGGGAUUUUUAAUUACAUUAAUA